AUGCAGAAAGGCGGCUCGGGUGCUGGGCGGCUCGGCUGCUGGGUGGCUCGGGCGCAGGGCGGCUCGGCUCCCGGGCUGCUCGGCGGCUGGGCGGCUCGGGUGCAGGGCGGCUCGGCUCCCGGGCGGCUCGGCGGCAGGGCGGCUCGGGUCCCGGGCGGCUCGGCGUGCAGCGGCGGGUUGACCGGUGCAGUGGCGGGCCGGCAGGUGCAGCGGCGGGCCGGCAGGUGCAGUGGCGGGCCGGCAGGUGCAGCGGCGGGCCGGCAGGUGCAGGCGGCGGGCCGUAGGGUGCAGUGGCGGGCCGUAGGGUGCAGUGGCGGGCCGGCAGGUGCAGCAGCGAGGCCGGCAGGUGCAGCGGCGAGGCCGUCAGAGGCGGCAGGCCGCUGGGUGCAGCGGCGGGCCGGCAGGUGCAGUGGCGGGCCGGCAGGUGCAGCGGCGGGGCGUAGGGUGCAGUGGCGGGCCGGCAGGAGCAGCGGCGGGCCGGCAGGUGCAGUGGCGGGCCGGCAGGAGAGGCGGCGGAGCCGCGUCAGGGGAGGCGGCAGGGCCGCGUCAGGGGAGGCGGCGAAGCCGCGUCAGGGGAGGCGGCGGUGCCGCGUCAGGGGAGGCGGGGGAGCCGCGUCAGGGGAGGCGGCAGGGCCGCGUCAGACAGGCGGCGGGGCCGCGUCAGGAGAGGCGGCGGAGCCGCGUCAGGGGAGGCGGCGGGGCCGCGUCAGGGGAGGCGGCGGAGCCGCGUCAGGGUAG